CAAGUAUCGGAGUGUGUAUACUUUUUCACAUAUAUGCAUAGUCAUAUACUAGUAUAGUAGUAUAUUAUAUAUUAUAUGGUCCUACCUCAUAUAAAUUUGCUCCCUCCCACUCCUCUCUCUCUUUAUAUACCUCACUCCUAUUCCAACAAGAAGCCUAACCAAAUUCACAACAACAAAAAUCAAAUAUUAUUCACCCAAAAAAUUAACAAAAAUGCUCCCAAUCAAAGAAGAUGAAAAAUUCUCAAAAUUAGUAACAAAGGAAAGUUCGAUCUCUAAUCCAUCAUUUAGAGUGUAUUACGGUGGUAAUUCAGUAGCCGUGCCUUUUGUUUGGGAGGCUAAACCAGGUACACCUAAACAUACUAAGCAUGUUGAUUAUUCCAAAGAAGAAAAUAUUCCACCUCUUACUCCACCACCUUCUUAUUACCUUAAGCAACCUAAAAAGUUGCCUUCUAACAAUGGUAGUAAAAGGUUUUCUAGUAAGAUUUUUCUAGGGUCAUUGUUUCCUAAGAGUUUGCAUAAGAGACAAGUCUCAUCGGCAUCAUCUUCAUCAUCAUCUACAUUGUCUUGCCCCUCAUCGUCGAUGUUAGUAUCAGACUCCUCGACGAUGAGGAGCACUGAAGAGAGUCGGAGUCUGAGUCUGAGCCUGAGUCGAGGGAAGAGAAGAACAUUGUCUAGCCCUGGAUCUUUGUUUGAUUUCCUUGUGAAUGGUCAAGAAGAAGAUGAACAUGAAGAUAUGAGGAGUCCUAGAUCAAUUUUGUGUUUUGGGCUUGUUGGUAGUAGGAGGAUCCGUAGUUGUUAGCAAUAAAGGUGUGAUUUAUGUUAUUACAUGCAAAUUUACACCCAAAAAAAAAAUAUAGCCAUGAAAAAAAUAAAUAAACAUGGGAUCUUUUUCUUUAUUUUCUUACCUUUUUUUUUUUUUUUUUUUUUUUUUUUUUUUUUUUUUAAUUUUAAGAAAAUGGUAAGACGGAACAAGUUGUAAUGUACGUGAUAAAUGGUAUGGUAGUGAUCUCAUCUACCUUUGUUAACUCUUAAUAAAUGUGUAGAUGCAAAAGAAGAUGAGUA